AUGCAUCUAUGGACAAACCAGACGGGAACAUACUCACAAGGCUCUCAAGAUUUGUAUCUGCAGAAAAUUUUUCAAGUUAUCUCACAUACUAACAAAUAUUUUGUUGAAUUUGGUUUCAAUGAACCUGGUUAUAGCAAAAAUCGAACAGGUGCCAAUUCUCAAAUGUUAUAUGAAAAAGGUUGGCGCGGUCUUUUGCUAGAUAACCAUUAUGAAAAUAAUAUGAUAAACUUAAAGAAACAUUAUCUCUUUGCGAAUAAUAUCGCAUCGAUUUUCGCAGAGAACAAUGUUCCGAAACAACCUGAUUUUAUUUCGUGCGAUAUGGAUUCACAUGAUUUAUGGAUAAUGCGUUCUAUCUUACAGGCGGGAUACCGACCACGAAUUUUCACAACAGAAUUCAAUUCGAAUUAUCAUAUUACAGAUGCUUUAACUCUAUUAGACCCAACUGUUAAUUGUUCUGAUGCAGUUCCUAAUAAUUUUACAUUCGUAUUUCAACAAUGUGCAUGGGGUGCAUCAGCAGGCGCACUGCGUAUUGUCGCUGAAUCACAUGGUUAUACCAUGAUUGGAAGGAUAGGUGGACUUGAUUUAAUCUGGAUGAGAAAUGAUUUGAAAAUGAAAAAUCAACAAUUCAAUGAUCAAAUUCAAGAAGAUGAAGAAGAAAAGAUGAGUGAUUCUGAAAAAUCAGAUGAAGAUGAUGAUAAUAAUGUUUUUGAUGCACAACAACUGACAGUUAAAGUAAAUCAUUUGAUUAUAUUGGAAUCAGAGAUUCCAUUUGAAGCUAAACGUCUUAUUAAUUUAAUUGUUGCUGCAAAACAAUUAGUAAAAUAUGCAAAAUUAAUCAAUAUCAAUCAAACUCUUGAAGAUAAAUCAUCGCCACGAUUGGUACAAUGUACAAUUGUUCGAUGGUUGUCUAUGUCGGAUUGUCUUGAAGCUUUAUUAAAAUCACUUCAGCCGUUUUGUGAAAUAUUUGAUGAACGACAUAUGAACAAAGAACAUUUAGAAAAGAUUAAUGUUAUUUUAUUAGAAAAAAAUCAUUGA